AUGACAAUCAACCACACUAAAACUGUGGUAAUGCAUGUCUGCACCUCCUCGGCGGCAGUUCCCCCCUCCCUCCCCAACUCUCCCUUGGCUUUCAUCCCCCCAAAUGGUUCAGUCAGCCAAGCUGCUCGGGGUCACCAGGGACGACCAGCUGACAUGAGAGCUGCAGUCAGCUACACGUUACCGCCACAGAUGUCUGCCAGACACAGAAAGGCCUUCAUCAGGUUGGGAAAAGGCCUGCUACGUCAUUCACAGCUUCGACAUCUUCCUCUUUACGUCCCCCCCGACCAGCCCAUGCCACUCGUCACAACAAUGUGGUUAUACCCAUAUGGGCCCCUUGAACUGACCGUUACCAACACAGUCCCCAGUAUCUCCAGCACCUUCUGCAGCUUCCUCUACACAAUAAACCUGUCUCUCCCUCCCUUGCAAUGCCUCCUUCCAAUGUGCAAGCCAACCAAAGGAAUAAAGAGUACGGCCUCCUUGUACGGGUACAGCUUCGGCACCAUCUUCUCAGAGUACCUGAUAGAGGUUCGAGCCUCGCCAACGAAGGUUUCCUGGAUCUACAAUUUGUUUCAUGUCUCAGCGUGUCUGGGCAGCGUGAUGGGAGACACGCUGGUGGAGGAGUUUGGUUGGAGAAAAGUCAUUUUUGCCUCGGGGCUGCUGAGUAGUUUGGGCAUGGUACUGUCUGUCUUCACCACCUCAGCUGAUUUCCUCUUCUUUUCUUACUCAAUCCUUGCAGGUUGUGUUCAGCGAAUUCUAGGUUUCAGUGCGAUCCACGUGGCUGUGUCAUACUGCCCCAAUCAUCAAAGUUUGGUGAAUGCCAUCGUGUCCUCUGGAGCAGCAAUAUCCCUCCUGAUGUCAGCAUCAUUUAUAUUUUACCUCAAUAAGACGUACAGUUUCAGAGGAGCUACUCUAAUGUUUUCUGGACUUUGUUUAAACAUGUGUGUUGCUGCAAUGGUAUUUCACCCUGUUGAAUGGCACAUGGAUUCCCCUUACUUCAAUUUUGGGAAAACCAGCGUAAAUGAUCAAGCACUUUCCUCUGGCAAGACAGGAAAACUGUGUAUUCUCAGGAACAUAUUGAAGGGUGCUGGCAACACUCUGCAUCUUAUCACAUCUCCUCAUGCUGUCCUCCUAAGUAUCAUAGUGAGCUUCAAUAUUGGCAUCUUCGUAAAUAUAUGGACUUUCCUGCCAUUUGUGAUGUGGGAAGAAGGUUACACACUCGAUGAGAUGUCGUUCUCUCUGUCAUUGGCUGCGGGAUGUAACCUGGGAGGCAGACUGGCCUCCAUACUCCUUGCAUUGUGUAUAAAGGGGAAAUGUGUCGCGAUGUACAUCUCGUCAUCAGUGCUCUCAGUGGGUACUCUUAUUGCGGAGGUGCCUCUUGUGUUUUACCUUCAACAGUUUGAGGGAUCUGAGGCUAUACUAUGUUGA